AUGGCAGACUUAGUGAAAGUGACGGAGUGCCGAUACUUAAAUAACCCAAAAUUUAAAAAGCCGGAGUACGCAAAAUAUUUCGAAGUGAAUAAACCUAUCGAUGUGGUGUAUGACACACUGAGAGAGCUUGCAAAACAUAUCACAGACAACGAUGAGGAAUUGAUUGGAUUGAUCCGCCAGGCUCAGAGCCACUUGACUUCACUCUGUCAAGCAGAAAAUGGGGGCAACUGUAUGAACUAUGACGCAUUGACACAUAACAUGACGGGUGAAAUCGCGAAAACGCCAACGAGAAAACUAGAUUUCGACACAUUCACUGACAAAGAUCCGUAUGAUAAGUUCAGGAAAUGUGGGUUGAGUUCAGGCAGUAAGUGA